AAUAAAACUUUGUAAAUUUACGAAUUAAAAUUAUAAUUGUAUAAUGAACGCUGAUGUUGUUUACCACAAGUGCAAGUCACAGCACACCGGGCUCUAUCUCACUCCCUCUCUCAUUAUUACACCAAAAUGAGUCUCGAGUGUCUCAUCGGUAUCAAGUUUGAUGACUUUGUUUUGAUGGCCACUGACAUGAGCCAUCUACAGAGCAUCAUGGUACAAAAAUCAGAUGAUGAUAAGAUGCACACACUGUCACGCAACUUAGUGAUGGCCGUGUCUGGGGAGGCAGGAGACACCACCCAAUUUGCAGAAUACAUCGCCAAGAACAUUCAGCUGUAUAAGAUGCGCAAUGGCUAUGAGCUCUCACCUUCUGCUGCAGUUCACUUCACACGUCACACACUUUCUACACAUCUGCGUUCCAGGGAGCCAUACUUUGUGAAUUUACUGAUGGGUGGGGUUGAUCCUGACACCAAGAAACCUGAGCUCUUCUUUAUGGACUACUUGGCAGCAUCCGUUCCAGUCAAAUAUUAUGCAUUUGGGUACGGUGGUAUGUUCACCCUAUCAAUUAUGGACAAGGAUUAUACUUCCAACAUGAACCAGGAACAAGCAUAUGAACUUUUAAAGAAGUGCAUUGCAGAAAUUAAGAGGAGAUUUAUCAUCAACCUUCCAAAGUUCCGUGUUCGAGUCAUCUCCAAGGAUGGUAUCAAAGACCUACCACACAUUGUAAGUGUAGGCGAGGCAGCGUAGAACUAGAAAGUUUUCAGCUGUGUGUUGCUUCAUAAUGAUAAAAUUAAGAACAUCCAUAACAAACUCAAAUCACUAUUUCAUUGAAGACUGCUAAAGGUGUUCCUUGAGUCCUUAGUAUGUGCUUUAACUCCAUAAGGCUUAAAGAAUCAAAGCAUAUACUGAAAUUAUAUAGCUAAUGAUAUGUGGAUUUUGGAUUUCUGUUUUUGAGGUGAAUAAAACUUUAAUGAAUGAAA